AUUUCUCUCAUUUCGUCUUUCCUGGAAAUCGCUAUUCUGCGAUCAACGCCUUUUUCCAGGAAAGUUAGACAUUUUCCUGGAAUUAUUGCCCUGAUUGGUCCCAUUUCUUCUGUGACUUCUUCAGAGGCUGAAACCAGAACUCUACUCCAGAAUUCAUGCAAAAUCUGUAAUCAAAAGCGUUGCCUUGUUUCACCCAGAAAAGAAAUCGUUACCACUGAUAUCGUGGAAAUUUGAUGGGGCAAGGGCAAUCAAAGAGCGAGCUUCUUUACCAGCAAGUCAGUUAUGGGAACAUCGAAGGAUCAAACCUUCAUAGGGAUGGAGCAGGACUUGAGUGGGUGGACAGAGAAGGAAAGACGCCUUUGAUUGUUGCUUGUAUGAACCCUGAGCUGUAUGAUGUCGCCGCAACAUUGAUUGAACUUGGUGCCAAUGUCAAUGCAUACCGUCCGGGACGACAUGCUGGUAUGCCAUUGCAUCAUGCAACUAAAAGAGGCCUUGAAAGAAUUGUUAAGUUGCUUCUUUUGCAAGGAGCUAAUGCAUUGGUCAUGAAUGAUGAUUGCCAAACUGCUCUGGAUGUUGCCAGGGCCAAAGGCCACGGCAAUGUUGUUCGUGCUAUUGAGAGUCAUCUUUGCUUGUUCUCUGGUUGGCUGCGGGAGUUCCAUGGACCUGGAUUUCUAGAAGUAGUAGCUCCGCAGCUAGUAUCUAAGAAAGUUUGGGUGGUUGUUUUACCAGUUGGCUCUCGGAUUCUUACCGGACCAUACAAGCUGGAGCUUGCCAUAUAUUCUAGCAUGCAGGAUGCACAGCCACGGACAGUUAUUGCACUGUGGAAGGCCAACUUAGAAGAACCAAAGCUACACCAGGCAGACCCUUCAGUGACUAUUGCUGAUCCCACUACAAAAACACGCAUUAAACUGGCACCUGCAAGUGAGAAUGACAAGCAACAACUUAAGUGGUUUUCAGAUGCAUGCAAAGGAAUUCCACAGGAAAAUCCAGCAUUUUUGCAGAGUAACAUUAGAACAGCUCCUCCCUCAGCACCUCCAGCUGCAGAAGACAUAGAGAUGGCUGCCGCUGUCAGGGCAUCCAUGCAGUCUGCCAUGCAUGAGAGGCCACCCCUUGCAAAUGCCCUGCCAAACUUUGGAGCAAGUUCUUCAAGUGGAGUAAAUACAACAAACAAGCAUGAUUCAAUUGGCUCACCAAAUCCGAAGACAAGUGGUAGUUUGGCCGUAAAUGAAGGCAGUCUGGGUAGCAAUUCAAGCCAGCCCCUUCAUAUCAAUGACAAUGAGCCUGUUCCCCAAAGUUCUAGUGGUUUGGAUUUGAUUCCAUCAGCUCCUCCAAUUGCGGAUGAGAAUCCACUACAUGGCCCUAUUCAUUAUCCAUCAAUUGAUUUAACCCCUGUUGAAAUAUCAUCUCCAACUGUAGAGAAACCACCUGAAGAAGGAAACAAUGCUGCUGGGAGUGGUUCGUCUUGUGUGAUCUGUUUAGAUGCUCCAGCCGAGGGGGCUUGCAUACCCUGUGGCCAUGUUGCCGGAUGCAUGCCUUGCUUGAAUGAGGUCAAAGUAAAGAAAUGGGGUUGCCCGGUUUGUCGAUCAAAGAUUGACCAAAUUAUAAAGAUAUAUCACGUUUAAUAUUAAAAACAAUGUUAAUAGCCUUGACUGUAAUAUAUUUUGAAAAUGACAUGGAAUAUUGAGGCCUCACUUUGGGUCUGAAUAUCUUAUCCUCAUGUACCAUAUAUACUUAAAUAAAAUCUUAUCCUUACUUUGGGUAAGACCUCUUUUUUUUGUUAAAAUGACAUUAUGCACGUGGGUAAGACCUCACUUUGGGUC